AUGAUCAACUAUAAUCCUUUAUGCCUCUUUUGCUGCUUUGUUCUGCCCAUCUUGCUCUUUGUUUAUCCCACAACUGCUUCUCCUAGAAACAAUGUAACACCAUUGGUGGAUCAAGUGUGUGCCAAAACCUCAAACUACUCAUUAUGCGUUGAGACUCUUUAUUCUGACCCACACACUCCAGAGGCAGAUAUCUUUGGUCUGACCACUAUUGCAUUUAGAUUGGCACACACCAAUGCCACAGACACCAGAGACUACUUACAUGCCCUGCUCGUAAAGUAUCCAACUUGGGAUCUUCAAAAGUGUGCUAGGGAUUAUGAAAAGGCUGUGUUUGAAUUUGAACGAGCUUUCAAGGACUUGAAGUCUCGAUCUUACUCUUUCUUGCCUGGUUAUGUUCGUGUUGCUUCUCAUGGUGCUGAUGAUUGUCAGCAUGCUAGCAAAGCAAUACCUGGUCAUGAUGUUCUCCUUGCUGACGUGAACAAUGCCUUGAAGGGUCUUUGUGAAAUUUGUCUAGUUAUUUCUAUUAGGCUCACUACCACAGGCUCCUAA